AUGGUUCCUCUGUACAAGGACAACGAGGAGGACAUCUGUCCCAUCUGCCUGGAUCCUGUGAAGGAAGCUGCAAGGACAGACUGCGGCCACCUCUUCUGCCGAAUGUGCCUGAUCCAGUACAUGGAUAAGGCCUCAGUCUCUGGGGUCCUCAGCUGCCCAGUCUGCAGGAAGCCCUACUCUGAGGGGGUCCUCGGGGACGGUUAUAUCUGCUUCAGCCACCAGAAGAGGGUGUGCAUGUUCUGUGAGGCAAGCAGACAUCUCCUGUGUGUGGAAUGCCUCAAGUCCCCAGAACACCAGUCUCAUGCUGAGCUCUCCAUUGAAAAUGCCAUCAGCCACUACAAGGAAAGACUCACCCGCAGAAGCAGAAAGCUCAGAAAGGACCUGGGGGAACUUCAACGGCUUAAAGCUCAGGAAGAGGAGAUGCUACACGCUCCGCAGGUGGGUGUGGAUUGGGGGAGCUACAGGCCAGGAGAUGAGUUGCAGAGCCAAGAUCAAACCACGGAACAGCUGAAGGCCCUACCACAGCAUCGUCUGGACCACCAAGAGGACCAGCCAGCGGAGGCGGUCAGGAUCUUUCACUUCUCUGAAGCAGUAACACAGCUCAGCAUCCUGGUUUCUGGACUGGAAAGGAUGGCCAAGGAAUUGGAUGCCAGAACUCUGAAGGACGCCAGUGACUUACUGGACAGGAGUGCGCCCCAGAAAUUCGAAGGACUCCUCUCUCAUCUUCCUCCAGCUGGUCCAAACCUCAGUUAGUGCUCCUGGUGUGUUCUCUCCUGGUGCCUUAACCUCUGACGCUGGGACACAGUCUCCUUCCUAAGCCAGGCUUGAGCUGUGGCUCCUUGUGGCCAGGUAUUUCAGAUCUCCAUCACGUCCAGGGCCAUUUGCACAGUCUCCAUGUUACCUGUGAACUGCUGGUAGCACCUGCUGCCCGUGGUCUCGAGUGAGCAUCCAAGCAUCCGGAUGGCACGGGUCAUCAGAGUGAGGGCCCCUCAACAUACGGAGGUUGACAGGUUUAUUGGAGUGAUAUUUCUUCUGACUGGAUAGAACCUCCUGUCUGUACUGUCCGCAUUGUUUGCUCAUUACGACUGCUGCAAACAGUCGCAAGGGUGAUGUCUACAGUCCUCACCCUCAUGGUCCUGUACAUGUGUAACUUUGUCCCGCGUGUGAGUGGCUUCUGUGACUUGCUUCUCAUCAAAAGGAUACAGCAGAGGUGACGAAGGUACUGAAGUGACCAUAUCUCCUUCCCCUGGACUCUUGCCAAUUGAUGCAUUCUAGAGACUCUUCUUGCUAAAGUUAGUGGUGCUGAGGGGAAAGACAUGUGGGCAGCUCCUAGGUUCCUAGAACAGCCUACCUGGUCCAGCUGACAGGAAUCAGGGGGCCUGGGUCUUACAGUCACAAGAGAAUGAAUUCUUCUAACACUGUAAGCAAAGCUGGAAGUAAAUUCUUCUUCUGGGAACUGGUAGCGCCCCAACUUCUUACCUGCUGUAGUUUCCAGAAGGCCUGAAAAAUGGUAGAA